GCGACCCCAACCAAACGCCAACACGCACCUGCGCCGCCUCGUGUCUUCCUUUCACCGUCAUAAACUUCAAAGUAUUCCUGGAUAACAAGGGAUAUCUAGACCCCCUGGUUGGGCAGAAUGAUUGGUAAUAGCAUUCUGGAUUAUGUCCUCAUUCGAAUCUGCAUCGUUGCUUUCCGUCUUGUGGCACCACUGAGCGCUUUACAUGCCGUUGCGAGCAUCUACCUCGGACACGCUGUGGUCUCGAAAUAUCUACUUUACUAUACCUUCCUGGAGACAUUCUUCUUUCUCGGUGUAUAUCUACCUCGGAAAUGGUCUCUACAAACCGCUACAAUUCACCCUCAGCUCCUGCCGCGAGCGGAACGACGAGCGCUCUUCGAGAAAUGCUCACAGAAGAUGAGCGAAGCCACUAUUCGACCUUGGUUCCUCCAAACGGAAUCGGGUCGUAUCAUGCGCGAUAACGCCGCGGACUGGAUCCUCUGGGCGCUCUUCUCGACCCACGAGGGCGAAUAUACGGAGGAGUGGGAGGAGGAAAUCAACGAGUACCUGGAGAUGUUCGCGGAACGUCUUGGACGCCCUUUGGCGCAGGGUCGGGAUGCAAAUAUCAAAUGCAUGAGGUUGACGUUGGACCCGGUGGUGAUGUGCCAUCGUCCAUUCCUCUGGUAUAUGAUCGUUGCAGGAGUGGACGCUUUCACCUCCGUCAGGUUGACCUACAUGGGAUUCAAACAUCAUAAUACGCGACGAUGGUUCACUGUCUUCCCUCCCCGUCCGCUGCUCAGCUUGGUCUCCCGGCCCUCUUGCGACCCAGAUAUAUCUUAUUGGUACCGUCCACAUCGAUCUACAACCAAACGCCCCAUCCUAUUCAUUCAUGGUAUUGGAAUCGGACUAUACCCGUAUAAUCCGUUCUUCAAGGAAUUAAUUGCCCAAGACCCAGAUGUCGGCAUCCUCGCCAUCGAAAUUCUUUCCAUUUCCAUGCGCAUAACCUCCCCACCACCCUCCCGAGGUGCGAUGUACGACUCCAUCGCCCGAAUCCUCGCCCACCACUCCCUCCCACCCGUCACUCUGAUCUCCCACUCCUACGGCACAAUCGUCACCGCCCACCUCCUCACCUCACCCAAACUCGCCCCUCGGAUCGCUAACAUCCUCUUCAUCGACCCUAUCCCCUUCCUUCUGCACCACCCUGCCGUGGCGUACAAUUUCGUGUACCGGAAACCUAAGCGGGCAAACGAGUGGCAGCUCUGGUACUUCGCGAGUAGGGAUCCAGAUAUCGCGAGGGCGCUGUCUAGACACUUUUUCUGGUCUGAGAAUGUGCUGUGGAAGGAGGACCUGCAAGGCAAGAAGGUGGCGGUCUCGUUGGCGGGGAGCGAUCAGAUUGUCGACGCGAAGGAGGUGCGGAGCUAUUUGGCUGAAAAGUCGAAGGAGAUGACGAGAUGGGCGAAGGAUGAUCUAGAGGUGCUGUUUUACCCAGGGCUUGACCAUGCCACGGUGUUCGAUACUCCCCAGCGGAGGAAAGGAUUGACAGAUAUCGUGCAUAGAUUCGUAGAAAUAGAGACUUGA